UCCAACAGUUCAAUCUCCCCCCCCCCCCCCCCAGAACUCGUUCCUUCGGCUGAAGAGAUGAUCUCGACGUGGAGGCGACGGAUGGCUGCCCGGCGUGCCCGCAAGCUGGAGGUCCGGAGCGGGGACGAAGCCUACGAGGAAGUGGAGCUGACCGUCCCGAGCGAGUUCAAGUGCCCGAUAUCGCUUGACCUGAUGAAGGACCCGGUCACCCUGUCCUCCGGGAUCACGUACGACCGUGAGAGCAUCGAGACGUGGAUCGAGGCCGGGAACCGGACGUGCCCCAUCACCAACCGGGCCCUCGGGAGCCUCGAGCCGGUGCCGAACCACAUGAUAAGGAGGAUGAUCCAGGACUGGUGCGUCGAGAACCGAUCCCACGGGAUAGAGCGGAUCCCGACCCCGAGGAUCCCCGUGAGCUCGAUGGAAGUCGCGGAGAUGCUCGCUAAGAUUUCCGAGGCUAGCAAAGUGAAAGACCAAAGUGUUUGCAGGAAGCAGGUGGUGAAGAUCAAGGCCUUGACCAAGGAAAGCGAACGGAACAAGAAGUGCUUCAAAUCCAACGGAACGGGUUCCAUCUUGGCGGCGGCGUUUGAAGCUUUCUCGGAGACAUCGAGCCCGGAUGAAGAGAAUGAUGCCGUCUUGAAGGAAAUAUUAUCGGCUUUGACAUUGUUGCUGCCUCUUGGUGUAGAGGCCAAGUCGUGCCUAGGAUCGCCCUCUUCUUUACGCUGCAUGGUCGGGUUCUUGACAAGCGGCGACUUGUCCUCGAGAUGGAACUCGGCUUUGGCGCUGAGAGAGAUCGUCUCGUCGGACAAGCGGAAGAUCGAGGCUUUGGCUGAGAUCGAAGGGGCCUCGAAAUCCCUGUUCAAGCUCGUCAAGGAACCCAUUUGCCCCGCGGCAACGAAAUCUUCAUUGAUAGUCAUUUAUCACAUGGUCACGUCGUCCCAUCCGGCUAAGGACGCUAUCAUAUCUAGAUUCGUGCAAAUGGGCUUGGUCUCUUUGCUUGUGGAGACGCUCGUGGACGCUGAUCGGAGCACAUCUGAGAAGGCGUUGGGGGUUCUUGAUGGGAUCUGCGACAAUGAAGAAGGGAAAGAAGCGGUGCGUGAUAAUUCAUUGGCCGUGCCAGUCCUGGUGAAGAAGUUGCUGCGGGUCUCGGAUUUGGCCACGGAGUUCUCGGUGUCGGUUCUGUGGAAGCUGAUGGCGAUAUGCGAGAGCGGCGAAGAUGGUGGAGGGGUUUUGGCCGAAGCUCUUCUGGUGGGUGCUUUCCAAAAGCUGCUGUUGCUGCUUCAGGUUGGGUGUGGAGAGACGACCAAAGAGAAGGCGACACAGGUGGUGAAGCUGUUGAAUCUGCACAGAGAGAGGUUGGAGUGUAUCGAUUCUCUGGACUUCAAGGAUCUGAAGAGGCCUUUUUGAUCGUUAACUGAUCGAGUGUGUAUCUUUACUGUUAAUUGUAGAUAGGAAAAAGGCAGGAAGUGUUAUAGAUUAUAAGACUAAGUUAUUACAUGCUUCAUGAGAUUUACAUGUACAGAAUUUCGACCGAUUGGAGGAAAACAAAGAUACAGAAUUCACUA